AUGAAGCUCAAACUCAAGAACCCGAAUGCCGCUCCCAGCGAUGCGCCGCCCUCAGAACCUCCACCAUCCGACGCGCCUACACCGGUUUCCGCAAAGCCAGGAGGUCUCAAGCUAAAGUUGAAGCCCGUAGCUCCCGCGGCUGGUGAGCCUGCGGAUAGCCAGAAUGGGGAAGCCAAAGUAAAGCGCAAGUACACCAAGAAGCCUAAGCUCGAUGAAAGCGGCAAUGUCAUUCCCCCGGGAAAGCCUGGACCUAAGAAGAGAGCACGCGAAGAAGGCGGCGAUGAUUUUGAUUCACCUGCCGCAAAGCGCAAACCAAAGCCUACCGCGAAGAGCCUCGCCAUGGCUAAUGACACCGACGACGAAGACGACUACACCGCAGUAGAACAGCCUCCACCUCAGCCGAUCAAGCCCCACAACCGCACCCAGUCUAUCAAGCUCUCGAUCAAACCGAAGGGAGCCAUGGGCUCAGCGAGACCCAGCACCGCUAUUCUGAAGGUCAAAGGUGCGGGAAAGCCGCCAGUCAGACCGUACGGCGUCGGUUAUGACAGUGAGGCAGAGGAGGCGGAACCCGACCCAGCUAUUGAGUCUCAGUUUGUUCUACGUAUGAAGCCAGGCCCAGACUGCGAUUUACUGCGCAAGUCCAUCGAAGAGAAAACCAUUGGCAAAAGCGUAUCGCAGGGAGGGCCAGGCGUACAUUUCCGAUUUUUCGACCGCGAGGGCCGUCGAGCCAUGCUCACUAUACAGAAUCGCAUGUACGCCGCGACCAUGGUCGAGUUGCCCGCAGUUAUAGAGUCCCUGAAGAGUUGGAACAAGAAGGACUGGGUCAAGACCGCAGAUGUCUGUCAGAUGCUGCUAGUUCUAGACGAAGUUAAGAACGAGGACGAAGCGAGGAAGUAUCCCCUUCCCUCCUACAUCUCCCCAGACACUCAUCGGUUUCCUCAUGGUUUGACGCCACCCAUGAAGUGGGCUCGCAAACGACGUUUCCGCCCGCGCAAGUCAUACAUCGAUGUUGAGCGCGCCGAAGCGCAGUUGAACCGACUGAUAGCCGAGGAUGAGACUGCGGUAUCAACAAAAUAUGAGAUGGUAGACAGCGAGGCUGAGAGUUCCGAGGAAUCUAGUUCGGAAGAGGAGGUGGAUGACGACGAAGAGAUGGCUGACGCUACCCAAGUGGAAGAAAUGGAUGCCGACCAACUCGAGCAAAUGCUCGCCGAAGGGCUCAUGGAUGAUGAGGUCGAGUUUCAGGGUGACAACGAUCAACUCAACGCCUUGCUCGCUGGUAACAACAACGUGCAAGUCGAACAGGUUGACACUCGUACUACCGCUCACGACGUCGCUAUGCACGCCCUUGGCCAGAACAGAAACGUCGUUGUCGAAACUGAGACUGCGGCUUCCACCCCAGCGGCAGCGACAUCUGCAGACGACGAUGAUGACGAUGACGACGCAGACUCUGAUGAGGAUGUUGAUGAAGUGGACGAAGCCGCGGCGGCUGAAGAACAACGUCAAGAGCAACUCCGGGGCGAAAUCGCAGAGCUGGAGAGAGCCAUCGUCCAGAGUACCGAAGCCCGCGACAGGCAGACCAAUGUCCUCUUCAAGAAGCGUGUGCAGACCCAGAUUGACAAGCAGAAGGCGGAUCUAGCCAUCAAGCGUAAGCAGCUGAAUGAGGAGGCGGAUGAAUAA